AUGUCUUCUACGAGGGGUGUUGGCCAGGACAACGGAGUCAGAGAUACCGUGGAACCUAGUGAAUAUGAGCCGCCCGAGGGCACUCAAGAAGCCGCCAGCAAGAACGACGCCGUUGGCAACAACUCAGAUUUCAAUAUUGCAGGCUCUAAUGCUCAAAAUCCAAACAGCAACGCCUAUGUCAGCAACGAUUAUCGAGCCUACAAUCCUCAGUAUGGCCAAGAGCAGGAUACCCCAGUCUGGAGUUUAGCUCAGCCACUUCCUCAUACCGUAAGACCAGGCAUGCGUCAUGGUGCAUUACCAGAGGAUCGCAAUGAGGACACGCAGGCUGGGAUUGAUCACGGUCCUGGGGAGAGGCAGGACCGGCCCACAAAUGAAAAAGAUGAUGGAUUCUUCAACAGUUGGUCAAAGAUCCGGCAUUAUCUUCGAGAGCCAUUAGCUGAAUGGCUUGGCACAACCCUUGCAAUGACCAUCGGUCUCUGCGCUAAUUUGUCCAACUUUACUUCAUCUAGUCAAGCUGGAUCUUACCCUGCACAAAGCGCCGCCUGGGGAUUCGGAUUCAUGGUCGCUAUCUAUACCACCGGUGGUAUAUCCGGUGGCCAUCUCAAUCCUGCGAUUUCUAUAACGUUAUCGGUAUUCCGAGGACUCCCUGCCCGCCGAACCCUAGUAUACAUUGCUGCACAACUCCUUGGCGCUAUUACUGCUGGAGGAAUUGCAUACGCGAUAUACCACGAUGCCAUUCUUGAGGUUUCGGCUACAGCGAAAGUGCCCCAAAGCAAAAGUGUUGCUGCCGAAGCCCUCAUCACUGCUCCAAAGCAGUUUGUCCAUCCAGCGACGGCCUUCUUUACCGAAUUCAUUGGUAGUGCCAUCCUAGUCGGAGUCAUAAUUGCACUGGGAGAUGACAAUAAUGCACCCCCUGGAGCGGGAAUGAACGCCUUCAUCGUGGGAGUGUUGAUCUCGAUUGUGAUUCUCGCGCUUGGUUACAAUACUGGAGGAUGUUUCAAUUGCGCACGAGAUUUCGGACCCCGACUCGUCGCUCUCAUGGCUGGAUGGGGUGGCCAACUCUUCCGGGAAACCCACGCCUGGUGGGUUUGGGGCCCAUGGUGUGCAGAUAUUAGCGGUGCAUUGUUUGGCGCCUUAGUAUAUGAUGCUCUUAUCUUCACGGGGAAGUUGGGCAUUGGACGCAAGAAGGCAAGAGACCUGGAGAAGUCCCUAGAAGAGGACAAGUGA